AUGUCUUCGAGACGGAAGAAGGCAAACGCCAGUUGCGCCUCUGCUGGCAGAGUCACGGCCCAACUUCUGUUGUCCCUCCUCGCCGUGUCACCUAUACGAGCCUAUGCAGCAGCGAACAACAACGAAGCAAACCUGCAGGUCGUUCUCCCCAUAGGAUCCCCCUCACUAACACCUCUCGUACCGGAACCCCCAAGUCCUGCAGAACAUACCUUCACCCUGCGGCACAUCUACCACCACGGAACAUAUCAACACCCAGGACUCCACAGGAAACAUGACAUAACUUCCCGGGACGCUCGAGUAUGGCUCGCUGCGGAGGACGGGUACAAGGAGCAGAGCGUUCCGCCGUUGAAGGCGAAGAGCAAUGCUAUGAAAAUAGAGCGGCUGGUCGACCGGAGGCCGAGCGUGGUUGAUCCCAUGGUUGCUUUGGCCCGCGAAAGAGGAUAUGUCUCUGCUCUGGCACCCGGUGCGUGGUCCAUGGAUGACGUCCCCGGGCCCAACGUCACGGACAAGGAUACCGUUCUCAGUCUCGCCUGGAUGGCGGCAAACGCAUACGUUCAGGGGCCGGGCCUGGCCGACUGGGAGGAGGUUGGUGAGCCAUUCAAUAGGAGCGCCGACUUUGGGUGGGAGACCGAUGGUCUGCGUGGACACGUCUGGGCCGACGAGACGAACUCGACGAUCGUUAUCGGGUUGAAAGGGACCUCGCCGGCCGUCUUUGACGGAGACGGCACGACCACCAACGACAAAGUCAACGAUAACCUGUUCUUCAGCUGCUGCUGUGCCCAGCAGGGACCGUGGACAUGGCAUCAAGUAUGCGACUGCGCCACCGGAACCUACUCUUGCAACAACACUUGCGUGGCCAAGGCCUUGCGGGAGGAGAACCGGUACUACCAAGCUUCCAGAGAACUGUACGCGAACGUGACCGAGCUGUACCCCAAUUCAAAUGUCUGGGUGACAGGCCAUUCCCUGGGGGGAGCCGUCUCCUCCAUGCUCGGGCUCACCUACGGGUUACCGGUAGUCACUUUCCAGGCUGUUCCGGAGGCGUUGCCCGCGGCUCGGCUCGGGUUGCCUGUCCCACCUGGGUCUGAUCCUACGGCCCCGCAGACCCGGCAGUACACAGGGACUUUCCAUUUCGGACAUACCGCCGACCCGGUCUACAUUGGGACGUGCAACGGGGCAACGGCCAGCUGCUCAUUUGGCGGGUAUGCCUUCGAGUCGGCCUGUCACACCGGUCGUGAGUGCGUUUAUGACGUCGUUGCAGACAAGGGCUGGCGUGUUGGUAUUGGCACACAUAAGAUUCGGUCCGUCAUCCGUGACGUCCUGAUGGCGUACGACACGGUUCCCGAGUGCAAGUUUACCCCCGAAUGCAGGGACUGUGCGAAUUGGAAGAUGUACGAGAGCAAUGGUACCGAGUCUACCACAACCUCGCAGUCGACAAGCACAACAAUGACUCGUACCCGGACCGAAACUUGCAAGACACCGGGUUGGUGGGGUUGCCUCGACGAAUCGACGACCACCACUGGCGACGUCACAGAAACCACGACCAGCAGCUCUUCUACCUCGACCUGCAAGACCCCCGGCUGGUUUGGCUGCAAAGACAAAACCACAACAACGGAGAUCACGACAAGCACAACGAGCACGACAAGCACGACAAGCACGGCGGCAACUUCUCCCACAGACUCGAUUCCCACGGCAACGACGACUUGCGAAACCCCUGGAAGGUUCUGGGGCUGUUACGAUGAAACCACGACCAAGGUCACAUCUACGGGGACGCCACAUCCCAUCACCUCCCCGCCAACAAUGCCUACGUCCGCCCCUGCUCACCCGACCACAGAACCAACGGAGACGCCUCCGAAGACGGAACGCUGCGUGCACCGAAACUGGUUCGGAUUUUGUAAGGAGUGGGAUGUCGAUGGGCUGGAGGAGGGGAAUGAUGAGAUAUAA